AGUCAGCUCUGCCCGCACGAUGUGCCUUGAGGGCAGUGCCAGCCACGGCGCCGCCGAGAAGCCUCUUCCUUUCCCCACCGCCCCCGCGGGCUCCCCCGCCGCGGCGACCACUCGACUCCCGAGGCCCCGCAUCGGGACACCUUCCCCCCCACCCCUUCCAUCCUCCUCCCGCCGCGGCGGGGGGCGGCUGCGCUGCGGCCUCGGGCAGGGCUGCUCCGCCUUCCUCCUCCUCCUCCUCCCGCCCGGUCCCGGGGCAGCCGGCGCUGCCCCGCGGCGGAGGGCGCCCGGCGGGCCGGGGGUUGGCCGUGCCGCCAGCCGGGGCCGGGCUCCAUCAUGUGAGGCGGCGGGUCUGGCCCCCCGCCCCGAGCUGCCCUCUCCCGCACCAUGAGGGACGGGGACGCGGGGCAGCACCCACGCCGCAGACAGGUAGAGCCCGGGCGGCUCCUCCGCCUCCUCUCCUGCCUGAUCCUCGUGUGCGGCGCGGAGGUGGCGGCGCUGGCCGACUUCUCAGGUUACCUAACCAAACUCCUGCAAAAUCAUACUGCCUAUGCCUGCGAUGGGGAACAUUUGAGUCUGCACUGUCCUCGGCAUUCAACAAUAAGUGUUCAGUCAGCAUUUUACGGGCAAGACUACCACAUGUGUAGUACUCAGGAGCCUGAAACCAGGAUGACAGAACCCAUAAACUGUGUGGCGCCCACCUCUUUGCAGAAAGUACUGGAUGAAUGCCAAAACCUGAGAUCCUGCCAGCUUCUUGUCAAUAGUCGGGUUUUUGGGCCUGAUCUGUGUCCAGGGACCACUAAAUUCCUCCUUGUCUCCUUUAAAUGCAAACCUACUGAAUACAAAACCAAAUCAGCAUGUGAAAACCAGGAACUGAAACUCCACUGUCAGGAGUCCAAGUUCCUUAUCAUCUACUCUGCCACCUAUGGCAGAUGGGCACACGAGGAGAACGUCUGCUCGACAGAAGUGGAGCGCAUCCCCCCCUUUGAUGGACAUUUGAGACACGUACCCUGCCCACCGUGUCCUGAGGCUCAUCCUGUGCAUAGCGAUGUGGGAGAAGACGGCGACUGUUUGUCUUACACGGCGCUAGAAGUUGUAUCAAAAAGGUGUUACGGGAAACAGAGAUGCAAAAUCAUUGUCACUAGCCGGGAUUUUGGAAGUCCGUGCCUACCUGGAGUGACAAAAUACCUUAACGUCAGCUAUGCGUGUGUUCCUAAAUCUAUCCUCACAGCUGUCAACACCCUGGUCACCGAUAGCAAGUCUUCCAUCAAACAGAAUGACGGUGUCGACCUUGAUCCAAAGGAAUCAAGACUUCCAAAGAAAGACGGAAUUAUUGUUAGCAACUCCUUGGCUACAUUUGCGUACAUUAGAGAUCACUCUGAAAGAGCUGCUCUCCUGUUCGUGUCCAGCGUUUGUGUGGGAUUAUUCUUCACGGUGUGUGCUUUGGUCUGCGUGUCGUGCUCGAAGGACUUCAGGAAAUUGCACAGAAAGAAGGAUCACUUGGUGCCAGAAAGUGACGGAGCGGACGAGAACAGUGAAAAUGAGGAGGAGGAGGAGGAGGAGGAGGAAGAUUCCUCCGAUUCGGAUGUCGAGGAUGAGGUAGCGGGACUUUACAGACCUUCUUACUCAGGUUAUAAUUCAACAGAGGCAGCAGAACUGGCCGAAAGGAUAGAGCGCAGGGAGCAAAUCAUGCAAGAAAUUUGGAUGAACAGUGGUUUGGAUAUGACACCUCCUAGAAAUAUGAAUACGUUUUAUAUUAACGAACAAUAAAUGGCUUAUUUUGGACGACACCCUAGCCCUUUUUUUUUGAAAAAGAAAUGUACCUUCUGUGAAGGAACAUUUGUAUCAGUGCAUAUAAUUAUUUGUAAAAUAAGAAGAAAUAUAUGCAAUAAA